AUGGCAGCAGGAGAGCUCCAAAACGUGGUCAGCCUCAAAGACCUCGUCCCUAACGAACAACAGGAAAAAGCCGAGCCGAACGGUGCGGCGGAACCAGCGAAUCCUCCCCGACGAGGCGACAACCCCAAGCGCGACAGGCGAGGCGAACCUGAAGAGCGACCCGAGCCGAGGCAAAGGAUCAAUAUGAUCAUGGGUGGAUCCCAGUACUAUCAAGAUACCGUUUCCUCAAUCAAAGCCUAUCAGCGCCGAGCCGAAGCAAAGGAGAAUUGGACAGAGCCGACUGACAUCCCAAACACGGUGAUCUCUUUUGCUGAGGAGGAAACAGCAGGAAUCGAUCGACCUCACAAUGAUCCGUUAGUAGUUGAGCUAACGAUCAGGGAUCAUGACGUAGCAAGGGUGCUCAUCGAUACUGGAAGCUCGGUGAAUGUCGUCUUCAGGGAAACGCUCAGAAGAAUGGGAAUCGACCUCUCCGAGGUGGAGGCAAUCCCCAAACCUCUAACCGGAUUUUCGGGAGAAACGACGAUGACUAUGGGAACGAUCAGGCUUCCUGUGGUAGCUGUCGGAGUCACCAAGAUCGUCGAGUUUUGCGUCACUGACCUCCCAGCCAUCUAUAACGUCAUCAUGGGAACCCCUUGGAUCAACGGGAUGAGGGCGGUACCUUCCACCUAUCAUCUUUGUCUCAAAUUCCCAACUCCAUCAGGUGUCAAAACGAUAUGGAGAAAUCAGAAGGAAUCAAGAAAUUGCUUCCUAACCGAGCACAAGCUAAGGAACCCCGUCACCGACGCACGAGCUGACAUAGACCGCAAAAAGAUGAAGACAGACAGAGAGCCCGCGAACGAGCUCUCCAAACUCUUAUAG